AUGACAGCUCCAGACUUGUUUGCAGAACACACCGAGGGCCUUGAAAGGAAGGUGGUGUUUAAGAUCCUUUUCCAAGUGUGUGUUCAUUUAUUUUUCUCUUCUCUCCCCCCCGCCCCUUUUUUUCCUAUUUGCUUGUGGUUUUCAGUGGCAAGAACAGCACGGAAAAGGAAGACUUCCCCAGAGCCGGAAGGAGAGGUCGGGCCCCCGAAGAUCAACGGGGAGGCCCAGCCGUGGCUGUCCACGUCCACGGAAGGGCUCAAGAUCCCCCUGAAUGCGACACCCUCGUUUGUGUCUCCGCCGCCGCCCACAGCCUCGCCCCAUUCCAACCGGACCACCACGCCGCCGGAAGCUGCCCAGAACGGCCAGUCCCCCAUGGCAGCCCUGAUCCUAGUAGCAGACAAUGCCGGGGGCAGCCAUGCCUCCAAAGAUGCCAACCCGGUGCACUCCACCACCCGGAGGAAUAGCAGCAGCCCACCCUCUCCGUCCUCUAUGAACCAAAGAAGGCUGGGCCCCAGGGAGGUGGGGGGCCAGGGGGCCGGCGGCACCGGAGGACUGGAGCCCGUGCACCCCGCCAGCCUCCCGGACUCCUCCCUGGCGGCCAGCGCCCCCCUGUGCUGCACCCUCUGCCACGAGCGCCUGGAGGACACCCACUUCGUGCAGUGCCCGUCGGUCCCUUCCCACAAGUUCUGCUUCCCUUGCUCCAGACAAAGCAUCAAGCAGCAGGGGGCCAGCGGGGAGGUCUACUGCCCCAGCGGGGAGAAGUGCCCCCUGGUGGGCUCCAACGUCCCCUGGGCCUUCAUGCAAGGGGAGAUCGCCACCAUCCUGGCCGGAGACGUGAAAGUGAAAAAAGAGAGGGACUCGUGACUUCCCGGUUUCGGAAAAACCCGAUGGCUACCCUUAACGAAAACUGCUUGAACUGUAUAUAUAUAAUCUCCACAUAUAUAUAUUAUAUAUAUAUAUAUAUCCAAGACAAGGGAAAUGUAGACUUCAUAAACAUGGCUGUAUAAUUUUGAUGAUUUUUUUUGAAUACAUUGUGUUUCUAUAUAUAUAUUUUUUUUGACGACAAAAGGUAUGUACUUAUCAAGGCAUUUUUCUUCUUUUGUUAACGUUAUUAGCCUAUCUCUGUGCGUCAUUAUCUUGGUGACAGUGACCGGUUCCAUGUAGGCUGUGACUUGCGCUGCUUUUAUAGAGCACUUGGCAACCCCUCCCCCCCCAAACUGCUUCUAGCUGUAUUUGUAAAUGCACUUACUUUAAAAAGAAGAAAAAAAAAAAGCCAAAUACAUUUUCUGACGUUGUAA